CAAGCAUGCUGAGUGCUUACUCUUUGGCCUAAAACAACUACUCCAACAUCAGCCGUUCUUACCAAUUAUAAGUGACGUGUAUGGAGGACCAAAACCUAGAGGUGUGUAAGCUAGUGGAGAAGAUCUCCCGUCUCCACGCAGCCAUCUCAAAGCUGCCAUCGCUAAGUCCGUCCCCUGAGGUCGACGCUCUGUUCACGGAGCUCGUCGCGACGUGCGUCCCGUCAAGCCCGGUUGACGUGACCAAGCUCAGCCCAGAGGCGCAGGAGAUGCGGGAGGAGCUCAUCCGCCUCUGCUCCGCCGCCGAGGGGCACCUGGAGGCGCACUACUCCGACAUCCUCACGGCCUUCGACAGCCCGCUCGACCACCUCGACCGCUUCCCCUACUACGAGAACUACGUCAACCUGAGCAAGCUGGAGCACGGGUUCCUGGCGCGCCACGCGGCGGCGCCGGCCCGGGUGGCGUUCAUCGGGUCAGGCCCGCUGCCGUUCAGCUCGCUCUUCCUCGCGACGAACCACCUGCGGGGCACCCGGUUCGACAACUACGACCGGUGCGCCGCGUCCAACGACCGGGCGAGGAGGCUGGUGGCGGCGGCGGAGGAGGGCGUGCGCGCGCGCAUGGCGUUCCACACGGCCGACGUCGCGGACCUCACGGCGGAGGAACUCGGCUCGUACGACGUGGUUUUCCUGGCGGCGCUCGUGGGCAUGGCUUCCGAGGAGAAGGCCGAGGCCAUAGCGCACCUGGGGAAACGCAUGGCGGACGGGGCCGCGCUCGUCGUACGGAGCGCGCACGGGGCGCGAGCGUUCCUGUAUCCUGUUGUGGACCUCGAUGAUAUCAGGCGCGGCGGGUUUGAGGUUCUGGCCGUGUACCACCCUACCGGCGAUGAGGUGUUCAACUCGUUCAUCGUUGCUCGCAAGGUAGAGAUAUCCGGCACAAAAUGAGUGGUGAGAUUGGUGGGCAUAGGCAUGCGCUACACCGGCAAUGGUGCGCCAGUCCUCCAAGUGCGCACUUAUUGACCGAUUUGACCCAGGCCUUGCUAGAUCUCGCCACCAUGACCAUCCCCCCUUCCACGACAGCUUGAUACUAGGAGACAGACAUAGCGGCCCAUAAAACGCGCAUCAGCGACCACAAGCAGAGCCAUGACGGCACGUGUUGGAAAUAGUAUUGCUUUAGAGGCAAUUAUUGGGAUAUAUUUUCUAAUGUAUUCACAAAGUUAUCAAGUUGUCCUAA